AUGCCCUCAGGGGCCCUCUCAGGGGCGGUGGCACCCACAUGGGCUCUCUCAGGGGCCUUGCCAGGGGCGGUGGCACCCCCAAGGACCCUCCCAAGGGGGGUGACAUUCCCAGGGGCCCUCCGAGGGACGGUGAUACGCCCAGGAAUCCUCCCAGGGGCGUUGGCUCCACAGGGAACUCUCAGAGGCUGUGGCUCCGCUGUGGUCUCUACCGGGGGAUGGCACCCCCAGUGGUCUUGCAGGGGGGUGGCAUCCCCCUGGGUACUUCCCAGGAGCAUUUGCACUCUCUUUGGCCCUCCCAGGGACGGUGGAACAUCCAGGAACCGUUCCAGGGACGGAGACACCACCACGGGCCUUUCCAGGGGUGUCGCCGCCCGCAGGGGCCCUUCCAGAGUUGAUGGCACCCCGAGAAGCCCCCCAGGAUCGGUGGCAACCCCUAAGAAGGCUCCUGGGUUCGCCGCCGCCCCUGGGAGGGCAGUUGAGGUCAUCACCGACCCUUGGCAAGUCCCUGGGGUCGCCACCACCCCUGGAAGAGCCCCAGGGGUCGCUGUUGACCCUGGUAUGGCCCCUGCCGAUGCUGCCGCCCCUGGAGAGCCCCUGGGGACACCACCGCCCCAUCGAGGGUCUCUUGGAGAGCCUCUGGAGGGGCCACCGCCCCUGGAAGGGCUGCCGCACUUGGAACGGCCGCUGGUAGUUCCUCCGUCCCUGGCAGGGCCUCUGGUGGCACCAUCGCCCCUUGAGGGCCCCUGGGGGCCAUGCAGCCUUUGGGGGGGCCCUGCGGUCGCUGCCGAUUCUGUGAGGGAUCCUGGGGGCGCCACCGCCCUUGGAAGGGUCCUUGGGGGCGCCACCGCCCUUGGCAGGGCCCCUGCGAGGGUCCCUGUGGCCGCCACAGUCAAUGAACUUGUCUCCUGGAGGCACCACAAACCCUGA